UGAUAACGCGACGAAGACCGCCGCCGCCGUCGGCUAUGCACUCAGUACGCGUUUGAUAUCCGUCCCCGGUGCAACUGCAGCCGUUUCGUGUUCUCCACACGUGACCACGCGUUGCCGGCCCGGCCGUGCGCAUAAUAUUGUUCACUUAUAAUAUUAAUAAUAUUUUUUUAAAAAAAUCAACAACACGACGGUAUACAUAAUUUACACAUGCGAACCAUACGUCGGCCCGGUGCCUUAUCGUUUGGGAUUUUUUUCAAAAAGAAAAAUACCGCCGACGAAACCGUAAAUCCUCACGGCAGUGAAAUAAUAUCAUAUUUUUAUUACCAUUAGAGUUAUUUUUUUUUCAAUUUAAAUUUUUAUCCGAUCGCGGUUUCCCGUUAGGGAAAUCCCGAAACGGCUACACGCUGCAGCCGUUGUCGCCACCGACGUCGCCUACUCCGCCUUCACCAUUUCAACGUAGUAAUUCACACGCCAAGAUGGAGCAUUCACCGUAUUCCCAAAGUCCAAGUCCAUCAUCAUCACUGGUAAACUUUCCAACACCAACAAACUUACCAGAUAUCAGAUUACACAGACCAUUUAGUCAGAUGCACGACCUCAAGCACCUACACAUCCCGUUCAAUAUGCGGUUCAUGGAGAACUAUCCGGCGCUUCCCGCGCACCUGCUGCACCAUCUGCAGCCACCGUUCUUGCACCCGGCGCUGGACCCGCGGGUGUCGUUUUCGCCGGCGGGCGUGUUCCAACCGCUCGGCUCGCCGAGUCCGCACCACCAACACCCGCACCACCAACACCAUUCGCAUCACGCGGCCGCCGCGGCCGCGGCCAGCCUCAAGGGGUUCACUUCGGCGUUCGCGCCUCCGUCCAAAUGCUACAAGAUGGACGACAAACAGACAUCGCACGCCGAAGGAGCGGCGCAACAACAACAACAACAGCAGCAGCAGCAACAGCAGUCGGGUUCGCACCAACAGCAUCAUCAACAACAGCAGCAUCAACUCCAGCAACAGCAGCAGCAACAACAACAACAACAACAACAACAACAACAACCGGUACCACCGUCGUUUCCGUAUCCGCCCAGGAGGAGUCCUUGUUCACCGGGCAACAUGCCCGUGUCUCCGCCGUCGUCCAGCGCCGCUGCGACGAUGCACCAGCAGCACAAGGACGAGUGCUCGGACAGGGACACUCCGAGUUCCGGUGCGGUCUCCGAAGACGGCAGGAUGAUCAGAAGGAAAAAACUGUCGCCGCCCAUGACGACGGCUCCGACGACGACGCCGGCGGCCAACGGGAGUGGCUCCACGACGGCCACCGCGACGACGGCCGGGGUCAACAACAACAACAACCACAACAAUAACAACAACAACGGGUCGUCGAUCAAGCAGCAACAGCAGCAGCAGCAGCAGCAGCAGCAGCAAUCAUCGGCAAGCGGCCAACAGCUGAUGUCCGCGGCCGCGGCCGGUUGCUGUCCCGUGUGCGGCACGGCGCUCCGCACGGCCCACGAGCUCGAGUCGCACUUUAUAUGGGAACUGGAACGGCUGUACAAGCAGGCGGCAGCGGCAGGACGCCGGCACCGGAGAGGCACGCCCGACAAGUUGGGCGACAGCCACCACAUGCACGGUCUCAUGGUAUGCCCCAGAGACGGCGGCCGAUUGUCGCCAGUCGCCGGCGGCAGCAGCAGAGACGCGACGCUGCACGGCCGAUGGGAGACAUAUCAAAAAGUCAAGGCCAAUCGACACAACCGGUUGAGGAUCAAAAAUCGGAAACGGAAACCCGACGAGAUGCUGCUGACGCCAACAACGGCGACCUGCUGCUGUCCCGUUUGCAGCGAGCCCGUGGCCGCGGCCACCCAGGAGCAGAUGAACGCUCACGUGGAAAUGUGCCUGAGGAACAAAGGACAUCCAGCAGUGGCGACCGCGGGUAACGACGACGAAGACGAAAACGUGGACGUGGAAGGCGACGCCGAGACGACGAUGUACGACAUCGUGUACGGAGGCGGAAGUAGCGGAUGGCACGGCCAACAACCGCACAACAGGAUGAGACAGCAACCGAUGCUAAUGCACGCAGGCGGAUACAACAGAGGUUCCGCAGUCUUGGCGAUCAACUGUACAGGCCCCGGAAAUCCGGCCCAGCAGCCGCCUCCCAGACAGUCGGCGACCGGUGGUGAAGACUCGGCCGGUGGUGCCGAAGACGCGGUGUUGGUGGUCGACGACAACGACAACGAAAACGGCGGUAGCAGCGGCAGCUUAUACAACAAGUACGGUCCUAACCAGUACGCCGAACGGGACGUAAUCGUCCCUUCACGUCCUCCUACCGCUUCUUCGGAGAGCCGCCGACUUACACCCGCCGAGCUGAACGAUCCGAGCGCUAUGGAGGCGAUGGACUCGUGCGAAAACGUCGGGCCACUGGACGUAUCGAUCAAGAAGGAAAACACACAAGACGAAGGGACAGUGAAACCGAAAAUGGACGUUGACAAGUACUGCGCUCAGUUCAACAACAACGGUCAGGUCGUCGAAGCGCUAAAAGCUCGGAUCCGGGAACUGGAGUCGGUGUCCAAGACCGGAAGCGAUAAGUUUACUUGUCUAUUGUGCAAAGGAAAUUUCAAAGAUCCCGUCGUGUCGACGUCGUGCUGGCACGUGUACUGCGAAGUGUGCUGGCUACAGAUACUGGGUGCUAAAAAGCUGUGUCCGCAGUGUUACGUGAUAACGCUUCCGUCCAACUUGCGUCGCGUUUACCUGUAAAUCGGCUGAAGCGCAGCUGCAGAACGCGCCGAAAAUAUAUGUCUCGGCGGGACUCGUCUCCUCCGCGUCACCUCCGCGCCGUCGCAUAUUAUUAUAUUUAUUUGUAAAUUAUUUCAUUGUAAUUUUUAUUUUUCCCGGUUUGCCGCGUGUUCUAUUUCCGAUUUCGUUUCCAAAUUAUUGUACAAACAUUAUCGCAACGUCGUAUAGUAUACGAACAAUCGCCACGUGCAACGUACCCAUACCAUACACCCACAUUAUAUCCUAUGUAUUAUAAAACAUCACGCGCGGCCUUAGGUCGUACGUCGUCGCCGCGCAACGUACGGGGUGCCUUUGUAAAUAAUAUAAUAUAAUAAUAAUAUGUGUGUGUGACAUUUACGCGUUUUCCAUUUACCGCAUCGUGCAUUCGUGCCCCUUACCCCCCCCCCAAACCCACCCCGCUACCCCCAGGCCCACCGACGACACUGACGUUCCAUGCACCCUCUCUCGGGCCGCCAAACCCAUCAUAAGCCAUGCAAUAAUAUCGACAUAUCAACAAUACAUAUGCUAUAUAUCGUACGAGACAAGUCGGUCUGGCAAAAUCAAAUAUAUGCAUAAAAUAUAUACUAUUUGUAUUUGUACAUAGGUAUACCUUUAUAUAUGACCUAUAUAUUAUAUAUACUCACGCACCACCAUUACUGUCGUGUACACACCACCACUCACUCGAUAGAUGUAUACCACUCGUCAUGAUCUCGUCGGAUGACUUACAUAAUAAUAACAUAUGUGCCUGUAUUAAAUUAUGUCACUCGCUCGACGUUGUAGAUAUAAUAGGUACCUACCUACUAUAAGCGUUGUAAAUAUAUUUUCUGCGUUUACCCAAAAAUGUCAUACUGUGGCUGCUAUAGUCCGAUGUCGAUGGUCUGAGAUCGCAAUAAAGCUCUUAUAUAUAUAUAUCAAUAUAUCUGGCCCACCUGUUGCGGAGUUCGGAGAUCGAGAUCGUAGGGUGCGUAGCCCUUCCUCCCCUGGCCCGGUGACUGUCGCACUGAACUUUACACUCGCCUCGCCAUGCGAAGGCAUAUCGUGGUGUAUAGACGAAACAUCAAAAAGUCUCAACCCCACUUUUAUCGCUGCAGUGUCAACGAGUUUGCACCCUCGAAAUAUACGCGCGUGUGAGUGUGUGUGGGUGUGUGCGUGCGAGUGUGUAGUUAUAUAUUCUCUGGCAUAUGAGUGUUAAAAAUUAUGUACAUUAAUUAUUUAAUAUUAUAACAAUAAUAUACUUACACGUUAUGUUUUUUUUUCUUCUUAGUGAAAGUAGAUGUUUAACACUAUUAUAAUAUAGGGGUAAUCGCUUUGUCGUUUGACGUUAGCAAAAAAAAAAAAAGAAAAACGUCAUCAUAAUAUGUGUUAUGACUGCGAAUCUUCAUUAGUCUUAUUAGAAAUAAUAAGUUUAUAUAUAUAUAUUAUAUAAUAUGAAAAUUAUUACAAUAUUACAUUAUUAGAGUUAAAAUUUAAAAAUAACAUUAUUAUUAUAUAUAGGUACUGUUAAUUUAACAAUAAUGUUAUAUAUUAUUAUACCUAAGCCCAAUAUGAUAUUACUGAAAACCGUACUGGAACCGGUGCAUUUUGUGAAAACCGUUGACGUGACGCGUAAGCUAUUGCGAAAAUUAAAAAGUAAAAUUUUGAAACACUGAAAUUAUUAGGUAGUUCCACGAGUACAGGAUAAUGCCCGUCGUUCGCGCGCGUUAAAGUCACAACCGGACAGUUGUUCAAGUAACGGUUCUAAACCACGAUAAAUAAUGAUAAUAAUAAUGAUAGGAAAAAAAACUGGUAGAAAUACUCGAAAAUAAAUUGCCCAAAAUGCAAGUGUGGACGUAUCGAACAUAGCUGGGGCAUAAAAAACACUAAGAUCUGACAAAUUGUAUAAAAAAAAUAAAACUGUGAUGCUCCAAGAACAGCAAAAUGAUAACGAUAAUAGAUACACGCGGACAUCGCUGCGAAUCGUGAAGCGAAACCUUUCUGGUUUUUUUCCUUUUUAUUCAAGACCAAGUUUUCCCGAAAUUUGAUACCCCGUUAC